AGAACAGAAAAGUUUCCUACACAAGACACUUCUAGGGUUUCAGAUUCCAGUGCUUUGUUGCGGGUGCGCUUGCGUCCUCCUGCCUCCGUCCUCAAGAUUUUGGUUGCUCCUGUGCAUCGUGCUUACUGCAUGUCUUCUAUUCUAUGCAAUUUCACCUUAGAACACACCCCUUUUUCUCACAAUUUUGUUUUAAAAGAGUGGAGGAGAGUGGAAGUGCCUAUUAAAGAUGCCUGAUCUUCCAUUUCAAGUUGGGGAAUUGGCUGAGUCAAGGUGCUUUCAAUAUGGUUUUCGCGGUGCAUGGUUUCGAUGCAAGAUUAGAGGGAUUCGCAUGAAAAAUGCUGAUGUAACCCAUCUAUUGGAGUAUUUUGACUACCCUGAUCAAAGGAUAACAUGGAUCAAAUUGUAUCAAAAGCCCCUAAUUAGCAAGUCAAAGGGCCAUGAAAAGGAAUUGAUAUUGCGACCUCCAUUUCCUACUGUCUAUCGUGAAAAUGAAAACUUUGAUGUGAAUACCAUAUCAAAGGUGAUUGUUAUCGUUGAUAAUGUUUGGAAGGUUGGGGAUUUGGUAGAUUGGUAUACAGAUGGUUGCUAUUGGUCUGGGAGAGUAACUAAAAUAUUGGGAAAUGAUGAAGUUCAGAUUGAUUUGCUACCUCCCCCACUGGGUGAAGGGAACUCUUACAGAGCUUUCAGCAAGGACCUGCGCCCAUCUUUGGACUGGUGCCCAGAAAAAGGUUGGACAGUGCCUAUGCCUAUGUUGCAGGAGGGUGGAUGCAGUCGACCUUGUGCUCAUAUAGUCAAUCCGGCGAAUUCAGGGGAUGCUGUGAACAUCCAUGCUACAGAUGGAACGGUAAAGGUUGAUCAGACUACAUUAAGGACAUUUUCUUCCCAUUCGACUCAAAAUUUUGAGGGUCCGUCAGACAGUGUAGAUAGAUCCAUGGCAAGGAGAAAGCAAUGCAACACUGUUAGAAAUGGGGAUGCUGUGAACAUCCAUGCUACAGAUGGAACAGUAAAGGUUGAUCAGACUACCGUAAGGACAUUUUCUUCCCAUUCGACUCAAAAUUUUGAGGGUCCGUCAGACAGUCUAGAUCGAUCCAUGGCAAGGAGAAAGCAAUGCAACACUUUUAGAAAUGGUAUGGACAAUGACUUGUCUGAUGAUAAAAUUGGAAGAACUAGUUUUUCAGUUGAGAAUUCAGAAAAGGCUACCAUAAAUGGUGGAUAUGAUGAGUAUCCCACAGAGAAGUUGAGAAGCAAUAUAAGCCUUUGUCUGAAUUCCAUGUCUUCCAAUACGACAGAAGCUGCAAUCAUGGACUUGGAGGAACUUUUGAAUAGGAUUAAAUGGUUAAGGGAUGUGUUGAAUUUGGGGGUGCCUUUAUCGGAUACUAAGCAGCCAUCUUGGGAGUUUUCUCAACAUGCGCCAUGCAAAUGAUUGUUUUCUAACCAACGUUAGACAGCAUAAAUUGCUUUCAUCGUUAAAUACAGAUAGAUAGUGCUUUGUCUAAACAGCAGCUGAUUUGGAAUAUAGUGGGUUCUUAUUUU